GUUACCUCUCGCUCAGUAUUCUAGUGAGGGUUAUUUUUCAAAGGUGACGAUAUAAAUUUGGCCAUCAAAUUUAUAUCGAUUAACACAGCGGAAAAAAACCCGUUUGUAUACCAUCAUCGGAAUGACUACCGAUUACAAAAAAACGUUGACAAGCAGUAUUUCCCCCAAAGAAACGGAACACCUAAUAGAACGUCUUUACACUCAAUCUAUUGAGAGAAAAAAAGCCAUCCUAGAGGAAUCGGAGCGGCGCUAUUAUCCCAUCGUGGAGCCGCAGAAAAUAUCCGCCGAGAAGCUUCAAAAAAGCAUCGAACGACAGGUUGAUCAUGAAAUGGCCUUACGGCAGGCUCGCGCUCAGCAGGCGGAUGCGUCGCUCUACGGCUCCCAUCGCGGCGCCACCGCAACGCGAACGUUAACCACCGACGACAUCGCCUCUUCCGUAUCGCGACUUUACGAUCAGUCGUUGGAGAAGCGGAAUGCCAAUAUGGCGGAAAGCCAGAGCCGCUAUAUGUUUCACCCGCCUGAGUCGAAAAAAAUAUCCAAGAAAGAGAUUGACAAUCAUAUCAAUGUAUUGAGCAAACCUCGGAAAACAGAAUACACUAUUGAUGAGAUCAAUAGGAUAUAUGGAUUGAUGUGAUCAGGAGUUUAUUGUUUAAACUUCUAAUCACUUUACAUGUACAAAUUGCAUUUCUUUCCAUGUUAGUUGUUUGAAUGAAAAACGAA